UUGAUCCCUACUGACGCGUUCGACAGCGAGAGCCGGACUGCGAGCAUGUCCAGAAGCUCUUACGAUCGGUUUCUGACGGUCUUCUCGCCCGAGGGGAGAUUGUACCAAGUCGAGUAUGCCUUCAAGGCGAUCACUGCAGCAGGUCAGACUGCUAUUGCCAUCAGGGGCGAAGAGAGUGCAGUGAUGAUCACCCAGAAGAAAAUACCGGACAAGCUACUGGAUCCCUCCACGGUGACUUCGAUGUGGAACCUGACACCGACGAUCGGAUGCGUCGUCAUGGGUCGACCUGCAGAUGCUCGCUCACAAGUCCAACGAGCUCAGUCUGAAGCUGCAGAGUUCAGGUACAAGUACGGCUACGAGAUCACACCGGACGCGCUCGCAAAGAGACUGGCGUCGAUCAAUCAGGUCUACACCCAGAGAGCAGCAAUGAGACCGCUUGGUAUUUCGAUGAUCAUCAUCGGAAUCGAUACAGAACUCGACGCGCCUGCUCUGUUCAAACUCGAUCCUGCUGGCUACUAUGUCGGCUACAAGGGUACCGCCUCUGGAACGAAACAACAGGAAGCAAUCAACUAUCUGGAGAAAGCCUACAAGAAGGCUGCCCAUGCUUCGCCGAGCAGUAACGUCGUUUCUGCUACCAGCGCGACUUCUACGACUGCCACGACGGGUUCGGGCACCGCCGGCGCUACCGUCGGAUCUGUAGAUUCCAAGCCAGUUGCAACAGAAGGCUUCAAGCUCGACACGCUCGAAGAGACUGUCGAGCUGGCCAUCACUUCACUCCAGACCGUGCUCGCCACCGAUUUCAAGAGUACAGAGAUUGAGAUUGGCAUCGUCUCAAAAAGCGAAGGCGGUUCAAAGUCAAUCUACCGCUUCAGGACGAUGGGCGCAGAAGAGAUUGAUGGUUAUCUUCAGCGAUUGGGUGAGAAGGACUAGCUACUCGACGACAGUACAAUGCAAUGCAACAAUGUAAUCAUCUCGUCGUACGCUGGCUCGUCCUUCCCGCACUCUGCAGUAAGACAGCUUGGGCAAUGUCCUGUCGUUUGACCGCAUUGGCAAUCUGAGCCAGCUCGACCUUGCGCGCUUUAGGCCCGUGCAUCUUCCUCAUCUUGUCGAACGCUUUCCCGCCGAGAUCGAUCUCGGGUAUAUCCAGCUCCUUCGGUCGGUUCUCCGGCAACCUGAUAUCGACAAGCGUGGGCGUCCAGGUCACUCUGGCCGCUUCGCUCGGUUUCAUCUCAAAACUCGCGGGACUUCUCA